AAAUGCUUGAUGCAGGUACGAAACCAGCUUGCGAUGACUCGUGAUGGAAAAUCGGCACAAUGGCCGUUGCAUGCCUGGUGCUGAAGCUUCCCCAGCCCCCGCUCUACAGCCGAUGUCGUGCUUCAACCUCUUCAGUCCAACAUCAUUCACUCGUCCUCCACGAAUGUAUAUAUUUUAAUAGAUUUAUGUGACGUUAGACAACAACGCGCCUUGCACACGGCCAUCUACUUUGUGUGCCAUCUUGCUUGUGCAACAUGGCCUCGACUCGAACGCCCCUCCUCGCUCCAGACAACGAAUCCUUUACAUCGAGCUCCUCCUCCUUUUCUCGAAAGAAACUAUUACGACAACGAAAUAUAACGAGAUAUGUUUCAUUUGCAUCUGCCAUAUUGUCCUGCCUUUGUGCAGGCUCGAUUACUGCCUACUCGUUGUACGGCCAUCUCUUUCAAGAACGUUUACGGUACACACAACUACAAGUCAAUAUAGUAGUCAUUGGAGCAGAACUAGCGUUGUAUCUCCCGGUAUCAGUCUUUGGAUACCUCUGCGACCGUUACGGACCAGCACCUCUUUCAUUUGUUUCUGCCAUCUUGUUUGGCGCGGGUUAUUUGCUUGCAGCAUUCACAUAUAGAAGUGGAGCGAAGGACAUCUAUGGAUAUACAACAGAGCGUGGUUGGCCUCUGUCUGUUAUGGUCAUUGCAUUUGUUAUCAUUGGGAUGGCGACUACUUUAAUGUAUCUCAGCGCUAUUACGACCUGUGCGAAGAACUUCGGGAAGGGGAAGCAUAAGGGACUGGCGUUGGCGAGCCCAAUUGCAGCCUUCGGACUGAGCGGAAUGUGGCAGAGUCAGGUUGGCAGUCGAAUACUAUACGAACGGCGGCGUAAUGGAGAGAGAGGUGAUGUGGAUGUGUUCAAAUUCUUUCUGUUCCUGGCUUUCACCCUGCUGGCAGUGGGACUGCUCGGGACGUUCCUAUUGAAGAUCGUAGACGAAGAGGAAUUGAUUGACGAAGCGGUCGAAGAGCUUGAGAGGAGCGGCUUAUUAGAAGACAGCGAAUUCUUCAGGGCUGGCAGAAGCUAUGGUGCAGUCGACAAUGUUCCGGACGAAGAUGACUUGGAAGCGAGGAGAAUAGAAGAUAACAAAGCUCACGAAGAAGAGGAGGCUCGAAAGAAGACAUGGCUGUUGAAUGAGGAGACCCGUAGGUUCCUGAAGGAUCGCACGAUGUGGUGGUUGGCAGCAGGCUUCUUUAUGGUCUCGGGACCUGGCGAGGCUUUCAUAACCAAUCUGGGAACCAUCAUUGGCACCCUCUAUCCUCCUCAUCCGGUUGUCGCCAUCGUCCCGACGACUGCAGCUACGCAUGUAUCUAUUGUCGCUAUCACUUCAACCUUUGCUCGUAUUUUCUUUGGAACCAUGACUGAUCUCUUGGCUCCAACUCCAGCUGCACAUCAUUACCAAUCAGCGGCAAACUCGCUUGCUUCGUUACCUCCGCGAGACGGACGAUUCACCAUCUCUAGAGUAACGUUUCUCAUCGUAUCUGCAUUACUUCUUUCUUUAGGCCAAGUUAUCCUCGCAUCUGGACUCGUCCAGAACCAUGCAGAGCGGUUUUGGCUAGUAUCUGCCCUGAUUGGGUCCGGAUAUGGUGCCUUAUUCAGCUUGACGCCUCUAGUUAUCAGCGUCAUCUGGGGUGUGGAGAACUUUGGCACCAAUUGGGGAAUAGUUGCAAUGGUUCCUGCAGCUGGUGCCACAUUAUGGGGAGUGAUCUACUCGAAUGUUUACCAGUGGGCAGCCAACCAAGGAUCUGCUGUCAGUGAUAUGGACGAAGAUGUCUUAUGUUAUGGCAAACACUGUUAUUCUACAACCUUCUGGGCGAUGGCAUGUAGUGUUUGGAUCGGGUGCGGGCUAUGGGUCUGGGCAGCGGCUAUCUGGCGUAAACGCGGCAUCUCUGUUUGAGCACAAUGCAUAAUCGAUUCCUCUUUGAAUAUGCUAUUUCUCGUUCUAAGUAAUGUGUGUUGUGUUGGCGGCCGAGUGGCAAGCAGAACUCGUGGCGAACCUGCGAAGGCGGCCGCGCUGCACUCUCUUGGACGGCCGCAAUAUUGUUCUGGCCCCUUUCCAGCUACAAUUGAUGGUGCUCGUUAUCCUAAACAAAGCACCCUGAGCUUUCGGUCAUGCAAGAUAGAGGGGGCGCUAAGAAGAGGCAGAUUGUCGCGAUGCGUUGAUUUCCCAGGCUCGCGGUCGAAAAGUGGUG